AUGAGGAUCAUCCAGAUCAACCUCAACCACUGCGAAGUAGCCCAUAGCCUACUCGAGCAGGUCUUAAGAGAGAAGCGGGCAGAUAUAGCCCUAAUAAGCGAGCCGUACAAAAAAGUCGAGACGCAAAGCUACAUCCUGGACUCCUCCAAGACAGCGGCUAUCUGGGCAGGCAGACAACCCGAAAGCGUACAACCCAGACAGUUCACCCACAUAUUAGACGAGAUAGCCCAGGACGCAAGGCACAGAUCCCAGGUGGUGAUCGCUGGCGACUUCAACGCCUGGUCAGAGGAUUGGGGCUCAACGCGCACCAACGCUAGGGGUCGAACCCUCCAAGAGACCUUUGCGACUCUCGACGUAGCCCUGCUGAACACCGGCUCCCAAAACACGUUCAGCAAGGCGGGGUAUGGAUCAAUCGUGGACCUUACCUUCUGCAGCAGUGGUUUGUAUCGGAGGACAACGUGGUCCCUCAGCAAUGACUACACUGCGAGCGACCACAAAUACAUAGUCUGCGAUUUAGAGGAUAGAGAGCAAGCUCCCACAGCAGCGAGGUCAUCAAGAUUCAACCCGGCUUCAUUGCAACCGCUAAAAUUCGCAGAGGAACUAAGGAUUCCAGAUCCUUCAGGCGACGUAGAAUGCGAAGUUCACAACACCAUGGCUGCGGUUCUACAGGCCUGCCGAGCCAGCAUGAGGUGUAGCCGCGGGCAUUCAAGACACCAUGAACCGGUGCCCUGGUGA